GUAUUGGUCAGGGGGUACCUGUUGUGGCCCUCAUCUUUGAGGGGGGUCCCAAUGUGAUACUUACUGUGUUGGAGUACCUUCAGGAGAGCCCUCCUGUCCCAGUGGUGGUGUGUGAGGGGACGGGGCGAGCAGCUGACAUAUUGGCCUACGUCCACAAGCAGACCGAGGAGGGAGGCGGUCUUCCUGAUGGAGUGGAGACUGACAUCAUUGCAACCAUCAAGAAAACCUUCAACUUCAGCCAGAGCGACGCCAUCCACCUCUUUCAAACUCUAAUGGAGUGCAUGAAGAGCAAAGAACUGAUCACAGUGUUUCACAUCAGCUCAGACGAGCACCAGGACAUUGACGUAGCCAUUCUGAGGGCAUUACUCCAAGGUUAG